CGCGCAGGAUAUUACCGAACAGUGCUAUCUCGCUAAUGCCGCCUCCUCUCUGGAUUCCAACGCUCCAGGCUCCGAAGCGAGGCCCGAUCCCCAUGAAUCCAUUAGCAGUAGACGCUGCCCUUCUGGGUCGGUCCACCAGAUUCUUGGACCUUCGCAGAACUUCUCGUCUACACGAUUUCAAUGGGAUUCGUACUCCCACUGCUCGCAUUUCCACCGCUUUGUCUUCUCUUCCUUGUGGAAACUUCAAAGGCUGCCGAAAUCCAUUCCAUUUUGGUGAGUUCGACUGCUUUAGAGACCGUACGCAUGAGAUUUUGUCCGAUGGGUCUCGUUCGGAGCCCAAUGCGGGUAAGGAGAUUGUUUUGGAUAAGAGAGUUCGGGUUUUUGGAGAUUUGGUUAGGUGGGGGAUUCGUUUUGGUGUUUCUGCGAUGGCCUGUGGACUGUUUGUGAUGGGGUCCCGGAGAGUUCUUGCGGCAGAUGGAGUCGCGGAGGCUUGUGUUAGGGUUUUAGGGACGGAUAGAACGGUGUUUAGGGGGUUAUGGUCAAAGCUAUUGCAGGUCCUUGGUGUUCUCAAAGAGCAAGGCCUGAUUUUGGCUGCACUAUUGGGUCUUUCUGCGUUCUUCUCCAUGGCAGAAACAUCUAUCACGACUCUGUGGCCGUGGAAGGUUCGUGAAUUGGCUGAAAAAGAGCCCGAGAAUGGUGUCUUCAGAAUGCUUCGUAGUGAUGUUACUCGAUUCUUGACGACCAUUCUUAUUGGCACAACUGUAGUCAAUAUUGGUGCUACAGCACUUGUCACAGAGGCGGCAACUACAAUUUUCGGUGAAGCUGGAGUUAGUGCAGCUACAGGAGUUAUGACUGUUGCUAUAUUGUUACUAACGGAAAUUACUCCAAAAAGUGUUGCUGUUCACAAUGCCACAGAGGUAGCUAGAGUUGUCGUAAGGCCAGUUGCAUGGCUUUCCUUGGUGCUAUAUCCUGUGGGAAGAGUUGCUACUUUUCUUUCUAUGGGAAUGCUGAAGAUGCUAGGUCUGAAAGGUAGAAGGGAACCAUAUGUGACUGAAGAUGAGCUGAAGUUAAUGCUGAGAGGAGCAGAGGAUUGUGGAGCAAUAGAGGAAGAAGAGCAGGAUAUGAUUGAAAAUGUUUUAGAGAUAAAAGAUACACAUGUCAGAGAGGUGAUGACACCUCUGGUAGAUGUAGUUGCAAUUGAUGCAAGUGCAAAACUUGUUGAUUUUCAAAAGCUAUGGGAGACUCACCAAUAUUCUAGGGUACCUGUUUUUGAGGAGCGUAUAGAUAAUAUUGUAGGCAUUGCCUACGCCAUGGACAUGCUAGAAUGCGUUGAAAAGGUUGAAAAGCUGAAAGAGACAACCGUGAAAGAGAUUGCGCAUAUGCCUACAUAUUUCGUUCCUGAUUCAAUGUCUGUGUGGAACCUGCUUAGAGAGUUUCGCGUAAGGAAGGUUCACAUGGCUGUAGUUCUGAACGAAUAUGGUGGAACUGUUGGUAUUGUGACUUUGGAAGAUGUUGUUGAGGAAAUUGUCGGUGAAAUCUUUGAUGAGAAUGACUCGAAGGAAGAGAUCCAGAAAAAAACUGGUCAUAUAGUGAUGCAAGAAGAUGGAACAUUUGAUGUUGAUGCAAAUACUUCAAUUGACCAGCUUUCUGAAGAAUUAAAUAUCAAAAUACCUGAGGGUCAUCAAUAUGAGACAGUAUCUGGUUUCAUCUGCGAGUCUUUUGGAUAUAUACCAGAAGAAGGUGGGAAGACUGUUGUGGUACUUGAGAAGGAAAACCAAGAAGAGAAUAGUGAAUACACAGAUACCAAAUCCAAUCACCACAAUAAGGAGACACAUCGAAUAUAUGAACUUGAGAUACUGGAAGCUAAUGAAAGAAAAGUCAGCGAAGUCCGUUUUAGACCAAUUAACAAUAAUAAAGUUGCGGACCUGGAAACCAAAGGUAUAAGACGUCUGGUUUCCACCAAAGUUAUCAAAAGGAAGAAUCCAUCUGAUCCCCCAGAGAAGAUGGAAGAAGGCCACCCUUCUCAAGUCCAAUUCCAGGGUACAAUGGAAGGCUUAAACUGCUAUGUGAUUAAUAACAAGACAACAGAUGAUCGUGAUGGUGAAGGGAAGUAUCAACAUCUGCUUCAUUGUAGUGAACUGAGCCACUGUCUCUGGGCUUAUUAGGCCACAGGCUCAUUGAGAGUGAGGUCUCAAGGGCCUUGAAUUCAGGGUGAUUGCCUUGUGUAUCAAUCUGUUGGGAUGGAGGACCUGGGAGAGGCCUGGAAGGAUGGAUCAAAUCCGGAUGAAAGAACCACUUGGGUUGCUCGCAGUAGGCACUCGGGCUCUGGCGAUCCCCAUCAGCUGCAGGCACUCUUAUGAGCUCUCUUUCUUCCCUCAUCUCUUUGACUCUCUGUAGUUGCCUGAAUCUCUCCUGCAGGAGGGCAAUGGAAGAGUGGAUGAUAGGGUCGUUGUUUUGCCUCCCCAUGAUGCCAGUGUGAACUGAGACUCCAAAAGCACGGUAGCUUGGUGGGUUGAUAGAUGUUGGGAUUGAUGGGAGUGUGUUUGGUCCUAAGGAUCUAUCCGAGGGGCAGCCGUGCCUCUUAUUUAUAGGGAAUGGAUGGUGUCCUCUUGCAUUUAUUUUAUAUGAUUCUGUGCCCUUUGAUUGAUCCUGGAUGAUGUCAAUGAGAGAGGAGAAUCAACUGAGGAGCUGCAAAGGCCAAGAGGGAAAGGCUUUGGGAGCUAUCUCAAGAGUUGGGUUAGUGGAUGGGAGCAGGAGUAAGCCACUUAUUGAAAGGGAGAUAGGGGUGGGUGUGUGGUCCAAGGGAGGGUGGAGGUUAGCAUUUGGAGGCGAGUUUGGAGGAGAAUAUGAAGUUGUGUGAUGGGUUUGUCGCCUACUCCUUGCCUCGAAAGAAACGAUCUUUUAGUGGGUUUUGGAGGGGGGACUUCCCAUCCCUUUCUCUUUUGUUUGCUUCCUGGAUUGACUGAAUGACCAAAAUGAACCAAUCCAGGCUGGAACUUGGGAGCAGUGCUUCACAAUCUGGUCCGAGCCAUUGCUGUUAUAACGACAUCCUUGUCUCUGUUUCACAUUUCUGCAUUUAGGGAUCCAAAUAUUCUGGAGAUGAUCUAAAAGAAAGUUCUAUAUUGCUAAAGUAUGCUCUUGUAAUUUCUCACUCUCUUUUUGGUAACAGAAGCUUGGUGGAACCAAUCUAGCUAAAAAUAUUCAGGUUCAAAUAAAUGGGUUCUCCCAUAAAUGGUUAGGCACAUUGAAAGUGGUGCGGUUGGUGCAGUUUGUAAAUUGAUCUGAGACUUUGGGUACUCGAACAAAUUAAGGUUUGAAAUAACAGACAUUAUCAUGGUUGGGUGCUUCUCUGUUAUGUUACCUAAAUGUAGCAUUGGAGGAAAGCAUGACAGCCAGUAUAAGCGGUUAUUUUAAAAUUUACAAUGGCCCGCAUGCAGCCACUAUUUUUCAUCAAUACCAUUUCCUUAAUAAAAUAUUUUCUUCGAAAACCUAAUUUUCUUUUUUCUUCCGAAAAUAGUUGUAUUAACUGAAAUGAUUCUUUAUUAGAUGAAGAAUGACUCAGACAAUAAUAUUGUUAAUUUUCCA